UGGGCUGUGCUGAGGCGGAGUGUCCCCGUCGCCAUGGAGCAGCCGCUGAACGGUCCUCCGGGGCUGUCUACCAUCCUAGCGAAGACGGACUGGGCCGAGCCCUGGCUGCUGGGGCUGGCGGGUUUCCACGUCCUGUGUUUUCUCCUGACCUGCUUCUCUUUUCAGCACUACCGGGUGCAAAUAGGGCACUUUCUGUGCAUGGUGUGUUUAGUGUACUGUGCUGAAUAUAUAAAUGAAUUAGCAGCCAUGAACUGGAGGCUGUUUUCUAAAUAUCAGUACUUCGAUUCAAGAGGAAUGUUUAUUUCACUUGUAUUUUCAGCACCUCUGCUGGUGAAUACUAUCAUAAUUGUGGUCAACUGGGUUUACAGAACUUUAAAUGUAAUGACUGAACUGAAGGCGCUACAGCAGAGAAUUAAAGCAGAAAAAGAUAAGAAGAAGUGAAAGUGUCCAAUACUUUCCAUUUUUAAUUUUCAUAAUACUUGUCCAGAUAAUCAGUCCUUCUGUAUGUUUAUCCAGAAGCAGCAAUUUUUUGUCUGAUAUCUGGGACUUUGCAACUUAUGGCUAUGGACAGUGAGGAAAAAAGUACCCAUAGUACAUCUGAUCUUCUUAAACUGAGAAAACUAGGCUCACCAGGUCUUUGUAUACUUCAGUGCGAGCUAAUUUUUCACCAUGACCAAGUCUGCUAAUAGCAUUGAGAAAGAACCUUCCAGUUUCCAUUUGCCUGUAUCUUUUUUUUUUUUUUUUUUUUUUCCCGCACAAAAGCUAUGUUGAGUUGCCUUUAUCAAGUAGCCAGUCUUCUGUUAACUUAUGCCAAUGGGAGCUAUGUUGUGAAUUCAAGUAAAUGGAAGAACUGCAUUCAGAAUACCUCAGGAAUCCAUGCUUCUGUGAAGCGUUUCACUUCUUUAUAAAUCACGUUUCAUACUUCCUUUGUGUAUUGUCAGUGGAUAGUUCUGAUACAGUAGCAUUUUAUAAAUCAAAAUAUCCACAGUAUCUUAAGUUAAUUUGAAUUUUUAAAAUCUUUCUGUAUCUCAUACAAGACUUCACCGAAUCAGUAAUUUUCAUUUUAUUUGUGUAAGUAAUUCAAAUCAUGAUUUUAAUUCUGUGUAUAAAUACCAUUUCUUAAAACUGGGCGAAAUUUUGAUAAUCUUUCCCUUAUUUGAAGAAAAUAGUGGAAGAGGAAAAACAUUAAAAUAUUCUACAUUAUUUUGUUCAUAA